AUGAGCUAUUUAGAAGUCAAUUCUAUAUUAGAAGCCCUUGAAUAUCAAAUGAAAGCAUUAGAAAUUCAACGAGAAAUUAAUGAUGAUCGUGAUGAAAUUGCAGAUACAUUGUAUAAUCUUGGAGCAACUUUUUUCAAUCCAUUCAAGCCGAAAACUGAUUUAGCUUUGGAUUAUUUUUUCCAAGCACUUCAGAUUUAUCAAUAA